GCGCGGUGCCCGGCUCCCGCCCGGAAUGGCUGUGGUUGUGCGGCCCCGGCGGCGGAGCGCGCCCAGGGUCGGGCGGCGUUGCGGGGCGGUUUUGUUUGGUACGCGGUGCGUGCCCCGCGGGCUGGGCUGCGGGCGCGGAGGGUUUUACUGUUGCCUUUGUUUGUUUCCCAUGAGAGCGAGCAGAGCCCGGGCGCGCAGCCGUGGAUGAGCAGGAGGUGUCCAGCGCUGCCGGCGAACCAUGGCCUAUCAGCUCUAUAGGAACACCACGCUGGGCAACAGCCUGCAGGAGAGUCUGGACGAGCUCAUACAGUCACAGCAAAUCACACCUCAGUUGGCCCUUCAGGUGCUCCUUCAGUUUGAUAAAGCUAUAAAUUCAGCACUGGCACAGCGAGUCAGGAACAGAGUCAAUUUCAGGGGGUCUCUGAACACAUACAGGUUCUGUGACAAUGUGUGGACAUUUGUACUGAAUGACGUGGAAUUUAGGGAGGUCACCGAACUUGUCAAAGUGGAUAAAGUGAAAAUUGUAGCAUGUGAUGGAAAAAACACUGGUUCCAAUACUGCAGAAUGAAUAGACCUGUGGUUUGUCUGCAAUAUUUUCUGUUAAGAUGCAGCACUUUCUGGAGAGAAGCAUGGAGAGGGACUGAUCAUACUCAAUUCCUGUGAUGCAGAUGUGAGUUAAUCCAUACUAGAAAGCACCACAGAAUGACAGUGGAAGAAAUACCUGUAGCAUUUCUUCAUUUCAACUUAUAGGGCAUGAAUAUAUUGUUACCUUUUUUUUUAAUUACAAGAGAUACUGUUGUCUUUUUUUGUUCAAAAUAAUUUCUGUAAUAAACUUUUAUUUAAAAACUUUUGAAA